UCAGACAAAGAUGGCUUCAGGACAGAGACCGGGGGGACAGCAGACUAAAGUUUGUCAGUUCAAGCUAGUUCUUCUAGGUGAAUCUGCUGUAGGCAAAUCUUCUUUAGUUUUGAGAUUUGUUAAAGGGCAGUUCCACGAGUUUCAGGAAUCCACUAUUGGAGCAGCAUUCCUUACACAAACAGUCUGUUUGGACGAUACAACGGUGAAAUUUGAAAUCUGGGACACAGCCGGACAAGAGAGAUACCAUUCCUUGGCUCCUAUGUACUACAGGGGUGCGCAGGCUGCUAUUGUAGUAUAUGAUAUAACAAAUGCAGAUACUUUUGAGAGAGCAAAGAACUGGGUCAAAGAACUACAAAGACAGGCUAGCCCGAAUAUUGUAAUAGCCUUGGCUGGUAACAAGGCUGAUCUAACAACGAAUAGAAUUGUUGAAUACGACGAAGCUUCAGCUUAUGCGGAGGAGAAUGGUCUUCUCUUUAUGGAAACCAGUGCAAAGACUGCUCUGAAUGUAAACGAUAUUUUCUUGGCUAUAGCGAAGAAGCUGCCCAAGGAUGGCGAGGGGGCCGGACCUUCCCAGGGCGGAGUCAGGGUCACCCAGGGGAACGCCCAGGAGGGAUCAAAGAUGGGAUCUUGCUGCAACAAAUAAGGCUAUGUGUAGGGUAACAUUGUGGACAAGAUAUUCAUUUACAAAAAUAUACAAAAACACGAGGAAAUAACUCGUGUCAAAUACACACAUAAUAACUCGUGUAAUCAACACGAUCAAAAACUCGUGUGAUAAAACAGUGAACACAAAAUCACUGGACAUGCUUCGAAAGUAUGGGAAAUUUAACUUAUCAAUUCAUUUUAAUAAAAUUUUCUUUAUCUCCUCCGCUCGUUUAAUAUUAAACACACGCUCUACCACCUCUUCUUUUCAUGUGUCAGGAACCUUAGUAGAUCAAUGAAAUAUUAUGUAUUAUACAAACCCGACUUAAUGUGUACAUUUGUUUCAUGGAUACAGUUGUAAAAUUUAUUCAAUAGACUUGAGGUCUAAAGUUUCCCCUGGUCUUAUUUAAA